UAUAAUGACAAAUAAUAGCCUAUCCCCUAAGCCAAAAAAAUUUCACAAACAAUCCACAUGGCAAGUAUUCUCCACCCCUCAUCCCUCCUUUCCUCCUCCUCUUCCACCACCACCACCACCACAAAACCACCAGUAUCACCACCCUUUUCCAGACCCCAAUCCACCUUAUCACCACCCUCUAAACCCCUUUUAACCACACUAACCGCCACAGCAAUAGCCACCACAAUACUAACGACCUCUCUCCCUUCUUUAGCAGAUUCCCCCUCCAGCUUCAACAUUUACUACGGUACAGCUGCUAGCGCCGCCAAUUACGGCGGCUACGGAGGAAAUUCCGAUAAGAAGGCGUCGGCUGAGUAUAUUUACGACGUCCCCGAUGGGUGGAAAGAGCGUCUGGUGUCGAAAGUUGAAAAGGGCACAAAUGGAACAGAUAGUGAGUUUUAUAACCCGAAGAAGAAAUCUGAGAAAGAGUACCUUACUUAUCUUGCUGGGUUUAGGCAAUUAGCGCCUAAAGAUGUAAUUCUGAAUAACUUAGCUUUAUCUGAUGUGAAUUUGCAAGAUUUAAUUGCUAAUGCUGAUGGGGUUACUUCAGAAGAGAGAAAAGAUGAAAAUGGGCAAUUGUAUUAUGAUUAUGAAAUUGAUGGUGUUCUUGGUCAUAGCUUGAUCUCUGUUACUUGUGCUAAUAAUAAAUUGUAUGCUCAUUUCGUCAAUGCGCCGGCGCCGGAAUGGAAGAAGGAUGAAGGCAUCCUGAGGCACGUCCAUCAGUCUUUUAAAACGGUUGGGUAAUAUGAGAUUGUAAUUGUAACUGUCUAUAGAAAAAAGAGUUUCGGAAUUUGUAAUAAGAUUGAGAUACUCAAUGUAAUCACUAUCUCCUCAUAUGGAUUUUGGUAUCUGAGUUGUUUUUGUGUGUUGCA